AUGUCUACUUCCAUGGGAGGCCCCGCUCUGCUGUGGAUAGCUUUACUGCUCUUCUCUCCAGAUGGCAUGUCAGCAGAAGCCAAUUGGAAAUCUAUGGUGUCCCUGAAUCCCCCGUGGAAUAGAAUAUUUAGAGGAGAGAAUGUGACUCUUACAUGUAACGGGAACAAGUCCCCUGAAGUCAACUCCACUAAGUGGACUCACAACAAUACCAUGUUAGUAGUGACAACUCCAAGUUUGGACAUCAUAAAUGCCACAUUCCAAGACAGUGGGGAAUAUAGAUGUUGGAACAAAAAUCUUAUCCCAAGUCAACCUGUGUAUCUAGAAGUCUUCAGUGACUGGCUGCUCAUUCAAUCUUCUACUGAUGUGGUAUUGGAGGGUGAGUCCUUCCUCAUCAGGUGCCAUGGUUGGAUGAAUCGAAAUGUCUACAAGGUGAUUUACUACAAGAAUGGCAAAGCACUCAAGUACUGGUAUGAAAACCACAACAUCUCCAUUACCAAUGCCACAAUAAGAGACAGUGGCACCUAUUACUGCAAGGGCAUACUUUGGCAGAUAAACUAUACCUCUGAUCCCCUUGAGAUUACUGUAAAAAAAGCUCACCAAAGCAACUACUACUGGCUACAAUUCCUUAUCCCAUUGUUGGUGGUGAUUUUAUUUGCUGUGGACACUAGGUUGUUUAUCUCAACACAGCAGCAGUUCACAUUUCUCUUGAAGACUAAGAGGACCAGAAAAGGCAACAAACUUAUGGACCCACAUCCCAAGACAGACCCCAAAAAGAACUAAUGUCAUUGCUCAAGAAACAUUUGCAACAAUUUCUUUCCAACAUCAGCAAUUG